GGAUUCUCUGAGGUGACUUUUUUUUUUUUUUUUGGUGACUUUACAUGUGUUGGACAUAUCUUACCUGCUUUUCUCUUCUCCCUGCAGAAUGAGAUGUGCCUGGCCACUCAGCAGCUUUCUAAGCAGCUGCUAGCAUAUGAAAAACAGAAUUUUGCUCUUGGCAAAGGCGACGAAGAAGUAAUUUCUACACUCCACUAUUUUUCCAAAGUGGUAGAUGAGCUUAAUGUUCUCCAUACAGAGCUGGCUAAACAGUUGGCAGACACAAUGGUUCUACCUAUUAUACAAUUUCGAGAAAAGGAUCUCACAGGUAAAGUUACUGAGUUCAGUGCCAAUUACCUUCAAAAUAUCAAUUCAUUUCAUAAUCGUUCUGACUGUACUAAUUUCUUUAAAUAUGUGCAUCAGGGAUUUGAUUUUCCUCUCCCCCUUUUAUACUCCAGCCAGAACCUGAGAAAUUUAGAGCUGGAGAAUGACAAGAUUGUUCCCAAAGCAGCGGCCCGUGUCCCUGACGCCGAUGAGCUCAUUGCACCUGGAACACCUAUCCAGUUCGAUAUCGUCCUUCCUGCCACAGAAUUCCUGGAUCAGAACAGAGGGAGCAGGCGCAUCAACCCUUUUGGUGAGACUGAGGACGAGACCUUUCCAGAAGCAGAAGAUUCCCUUUUGCAACAGAUGUUUAUAGUUCGGUUUCUGGGAUCGAUGGCAGUUAAAACAGACAGCACUACCGAAGUGAUUUAUGAAGCAAUGAGACAAGUGUUGGCUGCUCGGGCUAUUCACAACAUCUUCCGCACGACGGAAUCCCACCUACUGGUCACCAGCCAGACUCUGAGGUUGAUAGAUCCUCAGACUCAAGUAACAAGGGCCAAUUUUGAACUCACCAGCAUCACCCAGUUUGCUGCUCAUCAAGAGAACAAGAGACUGGUUGGCUUCGUGGUCCGCACACCAGAAUCCACAGGUGGAGAGGCUCUGAGCACAUACGUUUUUGAAAGCAACUCAGAAGGCGAAAAGAUAUGUUAUGCUAUUAAUUUGGGAAAAGAAAUCAUUGAAGUUCAGAAGGAUCCAGAAGCAUUGGCUCAGUUAAUGCUGUCCAUACCACUAACCAAUGAUGGAAAAUAUGUACUGUUAAACGAUCAACCAGAUGACAAUGAUGGAAGUCCAAGUGAAAAUAGAGGCGCAGAAUCUGAAGCAUAACUCUCUUGGGCCUUUGGGGGAAGAGCACCCAGGAAGGAGAGCUACCUCCUUAAGGGUUUUCAACUUCUCUGAUAUACAGGCCCAUGACCUGGUUUCAGAAUGCUGACAAUCGCUUGUGGAAUGUCCUCUGGAUGCCUUGAUACUGAGAGAUGGGAGGGAAACAGUAAGAAAUGGUUGACAACAUUCCUACCCAUCUACAAAUGUUAUUUUAGGUGCUUUGUGGUAAGUCUUUUUCUUAGAUUGUAUUGUUCAGCGCUCAGAAUGAAAGUUGAAGAAAAAAUGCAUUGUUCACUUUAUUCAAAUGUCAUCUCUUCAGUUUCCAAUAUCCUUUUUUAAAAA